AUGAACGAUACGCUGAACCAGGUGGAGCACACGCCGCCCGUUCAUAAGCGCAUCCUGGACAUUCUGCCCGGCAUUUCAGGUGGCGUUGCAAGAGUCAUGAUUGGCCAGCCGUUUGAUACAAUCAAGGUACGGCUACAAGUGCUCGGUCAAGGCACCGCGCUCGCGGCGCAGCUUCCGCCUUCUGAGGUGUACAAGGAUUCAUUGGACUGCGUCCGCAAGAUGGUUCGCAACGAGGGCCCGUUGUCCUUCUACAAGGGUACCGUCGCACCGCUAGUGGGCAAUAUGGUGCUUCUGGGCAUUCAUUUCCCCACGUUCUCCUACGUGCGCAAGCAGCUUGAGGGCGACGACCACUAUACAAACUUCUCCUACACCAACACGCUUCUGUCCGGAGCCGCUGCCGGAGCCGCGGGUUCGCUGGUAUCUACUCCAGUAGAGCUGGUGCGCACCAAGAUGCAGCUGCAGUCCGCCGCCUCGUCCGCUUCGGAUGAGUUUUACAAGGGCUCAGUGGACUGCUUCAAGCAGGUGCUGUCGAAGUACGGCAUUAAAGGACUUUACCGAGGAUUUACUGCCACUGUGUUGCGAGACAUGCAGGGCUAUGCAUGGUUCUUCCUGGGCUACGAGUCGACUGUGAACUACUUCCUGCAAAAGGCAGGCCCAGGGCUGCACAGCAAGGCCGACCUCAACUACAUGCAAGUCAUGUCUGCGGGUGUGGUGGCGGGUUUCGGACUGUGGGGUUCCAUGUUCCCCAUCGACACCGUCAAAUCAAAGCUGCAGGCUGACACGCUGGCCACGCCUCAGUACCGCAGCACUUACGACUGCCUGUCCAAAGUGCUCAAGUCCGAGGGCCAGGCCGGCCUCUGGCGCGGCUUCUCGGCCGCCAUGUACCGCGCCAUCCCAGUCAAUGCGGGCAUUUUCCUGGCGGUGGAGGGCACCCGACAAGGUAUCAAGUGGUAUGAGGAGAAUGUGGAGCACUUAUACGGAGGCGUUGUUGGCCCGGCCACUCCCGCCGCCACCAGCUAA